CAUGUCGCCGAGGCCAAGCAAGGCCAUACCACAUGAUUCUCACUUGUUUCCUUCUUUAUCCAUCUCCCAGAAAAGAUGAUAUCUUUCAACACCUCUCCUUUCCUACCUCCACUCGUAAGUCUUUCCUUCUUUCUUCCUUUCAAUUCAUCGACUUUUAGAUGAGUUUUAUUGUAUGAUUCACUACUGAUCCAUCUCAUUUCUAUUCAAAUAUCUCCAUUUCUAACCCGAAAUUAGGUUUCUUGAAUCAGUUACUACUAAAAGUUCAUAAAUUUGUUAUAAAAAUUUAGGGGGUUUCUCGGAUUCUUGGUAUGUUUUGAAUAAUUCGUGGUUUUAAGUUGAAAGAACAUCGUAAAUUGCCGUAAUUCCAGCUGGGUGUUCCAUGGAUUCUUUGUUGAGGACUCACAGUUCGUUCGAAUUUCUCCACGCAAUCAACAGAUUUGCAGGAAACGCAACCACUUUGAGUUCAUCCAAGUCUCAAAUUCACGAAACUAGAUUUUUCCCUAAGAAACCCCAUUUGAAAUGGGGUCAUGGAGGUUGUUGUGUUAAGGCCAGUAGUAGUGCUCUUCUAGAACUCGUUCCCGAAAUCAAGAAAGAACUCCUCGAUUUCGAGCUUCCUCUCUACGAUCCUUCAAAGGGUCUCGUGGUGGAUCUUGUGGUGGUCGGCGGUGGCCCGUCGGGCCUUGCGGUUGCCCAACAAGUUUCCGAUGCCGGGCUCACCGUUUGCUCGAUUGACCCUUCACCUCAACAGAUAUGGCCCAACAAUUAUGGUGUUUGGGUCGAUGAAUUUGAGGCCAUGGAUUUGCUAGAUUGCCUCGACACCACCUGGUCAAGCGCCGUUGUUUACAUCAACGAAAAUUCACCCAAGAAUCUCGGUAGACCUUACGGAAGAGUUAACCGGAAACAACUCAAAUCAAAGAUGUUAAAGAAAUGUAUAUCAAAUGGAGUCAAGUUUCAUCAAGCGAAGGUAAUCAAAGUCAUUCAUGAAGAACUUAAAUCUUUGUUAAUCUGCAACGAUGGUGUCACCAUUCAAGCGACAUUAGUCCUCGAUGCAACUGGUUUUUCAAGAUCUUUGGUUCAAUACGACAAGCCUUACAAUCCAGGAUACCAAGUCGCAUAUGGGAUUCUAGCAGAAGUAGAAGAACACCCUUUUGAUGUUGACAAAAUGCUCUUCAUGGAUUGGAGAGAUUCACAUCUCAACAACAAUCCCGAAAUCAAAGAACGGAAUUCAAAAAUCCCAACUUUCCUUUACGCGAUGCCGUUUUCAUCAAAUCGGAUCUUUCUUGAAGAAACUUCACUCGUGGCUCGACCAGGGUUAAAAUUUGAAGAUAUUCAAGAACGAAUGGUGUGUAGGUUAAAGCAUUUGGGUAUAAAAGUGAAAAGCAUCGAAGAAGAUGAACGGUGUGUUAUUCCGAUGGGUGGGCCGCUCCCGGUCCUCCCUCAAAGAGUUCUUGGAAUAGGCGGCACCGCCGGUAUGGUGCAUCCUUCCACCGGAUACAUGGUGGCUAGAACCCUAGCUGCCGCCCCGAUUGUUGCAAAAUCGAUAAUUCAUUAUCUUAAUUCUGAAAAAACGGUGUCGGGGACGGAUUUAUCUGCUGGGAUUUGGCGGGAUUUGUGGCCAAUUGAGCGGAGAAGACAAAGAGAGUUUUUCUGUUUUGGUAUGGAUCUCUUGCUUAAGCUUGAUUUGGAAGGGACAAGAAGGUUUUUUGAUGCGUUUUUUGAUCUUGAACCUCGUUAUUGGCAUGGGUUUUUGUCAUCACGAUUGUUUCUGCCUGAGUUAAUGACUUUUGGGCUUUCUCUUUUCGGUCGUGCUUCUAAUACUUGUAGAUUAGACAUGAUGGUGAAUGGAACUUUACCAUUGGGAACGAUGAUCAACAACUUGGUUCAAGAUCGAGAAUAGAAAAUAAGAUACUUGUAAGCUUUUGUUUUUCUCUGGAUAUGAUGAUUAUUGUAUGUUUCAGUUGAUUAGCAUGGAUUUCUCUCAAUUUGUCAUGGAAAUUGACAUUUUGAUACAGUAUAGUUAUAGUUUAUACGUCAAUGUCAUAUUAUUUUUCCACAUAUCUUGUAAUUUAAAACCCUUUUGCAUCACAAUCGUGCAUCAGUCGUCUAUUAUGAAUUUAUGAUUAUGCA